AUCUCCAAAUCACCACUUUUUCAAUUUCAAUCAAACAAAAACAUUCAAUGGUGCGGCCUCAGGCGAAGAGGGAGCGGAGCGGCGGCGGCGGAGGCCGAUACAAGGGCGUCCGCAUGCGCAAGUGGGGGAAGUGGGUCGCGGAGGUUCGCCAGCCGAACAGCCGCGACCGCAUAUGGCUCGGCUCCUACGCCACCGCCGAGGAGGCCGCCCGGGCCUACGACGCCGCCGCCUUCUGCCUCCGGGGGCCCUCCGCCGCGCUCAACUUCCCGCACGAUCCGCCGGAUAUUCUGGCGGCGGAGGAGCUCUCGCCGUCGCAGAUUCAGGUGGCGGCGUCGAGGCAUGCGCGGAGGCCGGCCUCUUCGGAGAUGGAGGCGAAGGAGCCGGUGGUGGAGAAUCUGUUCUUCGGGGAGGCCGGGGGAGGCGGUGGUGAGGGUUUUGGGGAGGGGUUCUUGGCGGCGGAGGGGGAGAGAGGCGGCGGCGGCGGCGGUGGGAGUGUGUUUUUUGAUACGGCGAGGAUGUGGAGUUUUUAGUACUAGCUUUUAAUUUGAUUUGUAGGAUAGAUUUUUGGUGUAGAGUUGUUGUUGAGGAAAUUAUCACACGGCCAUCUUUUGGCUUAGUCUAUGUUCAAACUUGUCUUUUUCUUUAAAAAAAAUAUAAUUUGAUGAAAAUGAAAGUUAGAUCUUGAA